AAAAACACAGGUUGCCUCGUCAUGCCUAUCCAUUUACUUUCCGCCAGUUGGAUUCCUCUUUCUCCCAUACGUGUCACCCUCCAAAACCCUACCCCCCGCCAUUGGCCAACUCUCCCAUACCUUGCUCUUGCUCAUACCACCACCAAAGUUGCUUGAAUUUCUACUGAGACGGAUAAACCAAAAUUGUUGUAAUUCACCUUCUAAUUCUUCUUUGAUUUCUUCCGAACAACACAGGAUUUUCUGGAAGCAACAACGGAAACCGAACCUGGUUCGGCCGUGUUGGACUCCUUUCGCUCCACAUCACUUGCUAAUUUAUACCAGGUGCUCGUCUUUUGAUUAACAACACAAAGAUCCUGUACAAACAACUAGAACUAGGGUUGGAAAUUGAGCCCACAAUCUGCUGCUGUAAUGGGGGCUGGGGAAGAGAGCACACCCACAAAGUCAUCCAAACCUGCAUCCUCAGCGCAGGAAACACCAAUUACACCUACUACGCCUGCAUAUCCUGAUUGGUCAAGCUCUAUGCAGGCUUUUUAUGGUGCUGGAGCAACUCCGCCUUUCUUUGCUUCAACUGUUGCUUCCCCUACUCCCCAUCCCUACUUGUGGGGAAGCCAGCAUCCUCUGAUGCCACCUUAUGGAACUCCAGUUCCAUAUCCAGCCUUAUAUCCUCCUGGGGGAGUGUAUGCUCAUCCUAAUAUGGCUACGGCUCCAAGUGCUGUACAUGGAACUGGAGAAUUGGAUGGGAAAGCCACAGAGGGGAAGGACCGUGCUUCAAGCAAAAAAACCAAGGGGGCGUCGGGGAACCAUGUCAUGAUUGUUGGAAAGACUGGAGAUGGUGGAAAAGCGGCUUCGGGCUCUGGAAAUGAUGUUGGUACUCAAAGUGCUGAAAGUGGGAGUGAAGGGUCGUCAGAUGCAAGUGAUGAUAACAAUAAUCAGGAAUCUUCUGCUACCAAGAAAGGAAGCUUUGACCAGAUGCUUGCUGAUGGGGCAAAUGCACAGAACAAUGGUGUGCCAACUAACUUCCAGACCUCGGUACCUGGCAAUCCUGUAGUCUCUGUGCCUGCAACUAAUCUGAAUAUUGGCAUGGAUCUGUGGAAUGCUUCUCCUGCUGGUUCUGGGGCCAUGAAACUGCGGCCAAAUCAGCCUGGAGUUUCUCCAACCAUUGCUCCUCCUGGCAUGAUCAAUGAUCAGUGGAUUCAGGAUGAACGCGAAUUAAAAAGGCAGAAGAGAAAACAAUCCAAUCGAGAGUCUGCCCGGAGGUCAAGAUUACGGAAGCAGGCUGAGUGUGAAGAGCUACAGCACAGGGUGGAGACAUUAAGUAACGAGAAUCACACUCUCAGAGAUGAGUUGCAAAGGCUUUCAGAGGAAUGCGAGAAACUCACAUCCGAGAAUAACUCCAUAAAGGAAGAGUUAACUAAGUUGUGCGGCCCAGACAUCCUAUCUAAGUUAGAGAACAGCAAUGGUACUCAUCCCCAGUCCCGUGGGGAUGAAGGUAACUGUUAGAACAGUAGAGUAGAUUAUGCCCGCCUGCAACUGGACAAGAAUCUGCAAGUUUCUGGUGGAAUUUCUUCCUAGUUCGACGAUACAAAGAGCAUCUGUCCUGCCUACUAAUCCAUAUUAUGUAACCUUCUCACUGCUAUUGUAGUAUUAAUCUAUGUUAGUCUAACAGCAUUAAGGAUCUGAUUGUGUCUUUUGUAAAAGUCAAUGACAGGGAUGGUUCAAUUUGUAUUCUUUCUCCUUACUCCAUGCGAUGCUUCACUUAAUAAAGAAAUUUACAAGUAGCUUUUUAUUAUUUAUUUUG